CGGUCUGUCCAUAACAUCUGUCUGCGUGACUGGGGGCAGAACACAUGCAGGUGGCCUUUGUGGCUCCCAUCACAGCUGGCUCUCCCGUCUUGCAUGAAGGUUUGUCCACUCAGGCUGGAGAAUCUCACCGCGAGCGAGCAUCACACGUCAGCACCACGUACGAGAGAGGAGCUCACGAACGGACGCACGUGCCUCGUUGCCUAUGACCACCUGCGCCCGCUCGCUCACGAGCAUAUCCACCGCCUGCACGACGCCGCCUUCAGCUCCUCCACCCACGACACCGGCGCGUUCGUCAUCACAUACACGCUCCGCAGCCUCCACCGCUCCUGCGUCCUGCGCACCUCCUCGGCGCGCCGCGUGAUCUCCUCGACGCUCGGAUAGAAUCAACACAUCCCACUCACGACUCUUUCAAUGAAGGCUCUGCCGAAGUAGUCGUCGGUUCAUCCUGUGCAUUCGCAUUCUCACCCGCACCACUGCUUGGUAAC